CCUCAACAAACGACUCGGACCAAUUCCAUCAAUCGCCAAUCAUCAACAUGGCCGAGCAGAACCAGCAGCAGCAGCAGUCAAAGGGCUUUUUCGGAACCGCAACCAGUGGCCUCGGCAACACCCUAGGCGCCGCAACGAACACCCUCGGCAAGGGCGUCGGAGCUGUCACAGAUGCGACCGGCAACGUCGUUACCGCUACAGGAAAGGGUGUUGGCGACACCGUCACUGGACUCACACAGGGUCUCGGAGACACUACCAAGGCUGGCGGAAACUUCGUCAAGGAUACAAGCAGGAGCGGAACAGACACCAUCGGUCUUACUGAGGCCGAGAAGAAGGAGCAGGCUAAGCAGUAGGGUUUUGGAUAUAGCGUGGGGCGAAAGAGCAACAAGAAUGUCAAGGGACAACUGCUUGGAGCUAUGAGAUUAUGGCAGAUCAGAGUUAUCGGAGGAAUGAAGAAUAAUCACGACAAUCGUCUAUGC